AGAGAGAGAAAGUAAAAUUUCUUUGAAAAAGGAAUAUUUACUCAGAUUUCGCAUUCAUUGCAUUGAAAGUUCGAUCAUAAAUCAAGCGUGGUGUUGAGAUUUUCUUGCCUUUUUAAUCCGAUUUCAUCUUCCCUUUGAUCAUCAUCAUCAUCAUCAUCAUCAUCCAACUCAAUUCAAUUUCAAUUCAUCUGCAAGAUCAGAGUUUCUCUGCACAUAGUUAUUCGAUAUACCGGAUAAUCGACGUGUUCAGAUGACUGGUAACGUCUCAAAUUCUUCAAAGGAUAAUUCGGAUGAUAACAAUGAAGAUUUUAGAAUCGACACAAAGAAUCACGACGGAUGAGAAAAAGGAUGAAACGGGUCCGAUGACAUAUCCGGAUCGUCCUGGAGAACCCAAUUGUGUAUAUUAUUUGAGAACUGGAAUGUGUGCAUAUGGUGAUGAUUGUAAGUUUAAUCAUCCCAUCAACAAUGUUCAGGGUAAUCAAUAUGGAGGUAAUCAUCCUGAGAGAGAUGGAGAACCAGAUUGUGCUUAUUAUAUGAAAACGGGUAUGUGCAAAUACGGGUUGACGUGCAAAUAUAAUCAUCCUCGCGAUCGGAAUGGUGCUGGUCCGGUCGAGUUAAACAUGGUUGGUCUACCAAUAAGACAGGGCCAAGAGUCGUGUUCGCAUUAUUUAAUAACCGGGUCGUGUAAAUUUGGAGUUACGUGCAAGUUCCAUCAUCCGCAACCAGCAGUCGACGGAUCCAACCCGCCCGUUUCCAGACCUUUGCCAUAUGCACCAGCCGGUGUCAAUGGCGCGCAUGCGUGGCCAUAUUUGAGUCAACAAAGUUACUUUCCGGUCAUGGGUCACACUCAAGGGUGGACCCCAUAUAUCGGAAAUAUCAGCCCGAUACGUUCGACCAAUGGUUUGACGUAUGGUGACCAUGUUUAUCCAUCAACACCGUGUUCUAAUCUACCCGUGAGGCCCAGUGAGCCCGAAUGUCGUUAUUUCAUGAAGACUGGAACAUGCAAGGACGGGUCAGAGUGCAAGUACCAUCAUCCAAGGGAAAAUAUGGUUAAAACGGAUGCUAGCUCGUUCGGCCCGUUUGGGCUUCCUUUCCGACCUGGACAACCCGUGUGUCCGUAUUAUUGUCUAUAUGGAAUAUGCAAGUAUGGGUCGGGUUGUAAAUAUGAUCACCCUUUGAUGGUAUAUUCGUACAAUUACGUCCCCGGGAUGACCACUCUACCAAUGGUUGACCCGUCAUUGCUUUCAUAUGGUGCGAUGAAUUCAUCUGACUCGUCUUAUUCGAAAUCGUUGAAGAAGCCUAGCCAGACAAGUGACCAAAUUAGCAAAGUGAAGUUGGGUACCGACGAUUCUUCUGGUGAUCAAGUUGGUUCUUCUCAAUCGUCGUCACAGAUUCAAUCGGGUUGAAAUUUGAUUACUUAUACUUGACACGACCAAUGACCAGUUGAACGAGUCAAAACAAUUAUAACGUCGUCUGAAAUGUGUUUUUCACGAAUUUAACCUCGAAAAUUGUUUUAUUUUUAUAGUAA